UUCAAUCGCUCAUAUUUUAUCGAAAUUUACCUGUAAAAAAUAUUAAUUUGAAAUUUGUGUUAAUUUAUUGUGUUUGCGUUGAUUUAAAGUUAACAAAAUGUCCUUUAAGUUCCUCAACAUUGACCUGAGCCAGCUGGAGUUCGAAUCGUGUUUGGGUUCCGGAUGUUACGGCGGAAGCGUCUGCUUGUACCGCAACCGUAAGGACAAACGCAACCGCCGGAUUGUGGUCAAAUCGAUUCCGUACAACAGCCCGGAAUACGCGUACGAGACCGUCACGAAGGAGCACACGAUUCUGUCGCAGGUCAACCACCCGAGGAUCCUCCGGUACUUUGGGUUCUUUCAAACGAACGAUUCUUGGAAUAUGAUCACGGAGUUUGCCGAGCGGGGAAAUUUGGCGGAGUUUUUGCACCGUCGCAAGCAGCAGGGCGCCUUCCUUACCCAGCGCGUCGUGAUGGCCAAGUAUCGUGACAUGGCGGAAGCGUUGCAGUAUCUGCACCAGCGCAAGGUUAUCCACCGGGACUUGAAGCCGGGAAACGUGCUGAUCGACGCGGACAAUCGUUUGAAGCUGGCGGACUUUGGCAUCGCCAAGAUUUGCACCAACGUGAGUCUGGACGAGGAGAUGAACAUGACGAUUGUAGGGACGCCGCUCUUCAUGGCACCGGAAGUGGCCAGCGGAAAGCGGUACGACUACAAGAGCGACGUGUGGCCACUGGGAGUAAUUUUCUACGAGCUGUGCAUGCUGGAACAUCCGUUUGUGGAGCGAUUUUUGGAAGGCGAGGAGUCGAUGGAGAGGAAGAAGUUUUCGCCGCCGCAAAUUGACUGCGCCCGGCACGGAUUCAGCAGGGACAUGCAGUCGCUGUGCGAGAUGAUGAUCCAGGUGGAGCCGAAGCAGCGCUGGACGCUGGAAAAGAUACUGAAGGACGAGCGCGUGGUUGGGCUGAUGGAACGUGAAAUGUGAGUAGAUUUGUUUUUUUACUUUUUGUAUUAUUUAC